UACACUAGGUUUUGCACUAAUGUCGCUUUUUGACUGAACAGGAGUGGUUAGUUACACUGGUGUAACUUUGUACCAGACCUGUGAGCAGUUUCAGCAGUUCUGGCAUUAGCCAUCACAGCUCAGAAAACCCUGCUGUAGUUCUUGUCUCUAUCCUGCACUUGCUGCUGCUAAAAUAGACUGGCUUGGAUUAUUCACUUAGGCACCCAAGGUUUUCUGAAAGUUUUAUAUUUAGUUACAUUUAGCAAAAUUAUUAGUUUCUUUACGAAGAGACUUAAACAAGAACCAUGCACAGUAGCUAUUCUGUUCUCAAGGGCUGAGAUACUGUGGGGUUACAGCGGUGUAGUAAGUUUCUAUGAGUUGCCACAGUGGCAUUUAGAAACUGUGACCAAGUUCUUAGCCUGUGCCAUCCCAUGAUAAGGUAUUACAGCCUGACUUGGUCUCAUUGGAAGAAUUCAAAACUCUUAACUUGCUCCCUUUUAGUUACUUCAGUUAGUUUACUUUUUAAGUUUUAUUCAAAGUAUAUCUGUAUACCCAUUAUGUUAAUAAAACUGGUAAAAUAGCACCAGAGGAUUAAAAAGUAAUUCCUUAAUAGUUUCCAACACUUCUUAUUUUGAAGCAAAGCUAUUUCAAAAUGUGUUGGGGUGUGGUGUUUGUGGUUUGGGUUUUUGUUUGUUUUGGUGGGUUUUUUACCUUUUUUCCUACCACCCUGAAAAAAUAGAGGUUAGUUAAACCACAGAGAAAACAGAGCUGGAAGAUGCUGCCAGUCAGCUGGUCAGUAAUCUCUGCAGUGCAAGACACAAACCCCUGGCUCUUGCUGAAUUUAAAAAUCAAUAGGAGCUGGUAACAGAGAUCUGUUACCUCUUAUGUAUCCCCCCACAGCUGCUGUCUCUAUGAUAUGCCGUUCAAAUUCUGUCUGUGUGCUCUCUCUGGAACUACUGCUCUUGGUUUCAGAUGCCUCUACUACAAUAUUUGUCCCACCUUAUGUCUUGGUACGUUUUAUUUGGUUUAUCUUUAUAGUAGGGCAAACUUUAAAGCCUGCUUGAAAACCAAAGCUUGUUAGAAUUCAGUAUGUAGCCAUUACUCUUUGAUCAUGCAAAAUUACAGAGCUGAAAUUAUGUCUGUUUAUUCUGGAAAUUUGUAAGUCUUGGUUAUUUUCAUUUUGAAGCAGUUUUUCUGUAGAAAUGAUCUCAGCAUCCAGGAGUGUUGCAAUGUUUUCCACUUGCAGGAUUGGUGACACUGCAGGAAACAAAACUUUCUGAUACUGUUUCACUGGUGUAUGUAUUUACUCAGAUUAUUUUGCAAUGUUUAGUUUAGAAUUAAAAGCAGCUGCAGGAAAGUCCAGGGUAUCAGUAUUGAUUUUUUAAGAGUAAAACUGAAAGCAGGCAAUACUUGCUUUCAACUAAAAUAAAUGCAGAGGGGAAAAAAACUCUGAAAAAUUGCUUUGGGGUAAUUUUGCUAUUGCCAGAUAAUUUACUUUGCUUUUCUUAAGUCUACAUUGGACUGGAUCUGUUCAUACCAUGGAAUUCCUGUGAAGAAUUUGCUGGAACUGGAUACGUAUGAAUAUUCUGCAUGACGACUCUCAAACUGGAUUACAUAAUAAUAUGCCUGUAUCCUCUGACUCUACUAUUUUGAUCCUUAAAAAUGACUAGGAUUGUAUAUGAAAGUUAACCCAUUUCUGAUGAGUGAGCUAGACAUGAGUUUACAUCGGCAAAUGGGCUCUGAUCGGGACCUCCAGUCGUCUGCUUCGUCUGUGAGCUUGCCAUCAGUUAAAAAGGCACCAAAGAAACGAAGAAUAUCACUGGGCUCUCUUUUUCGGAGAAAAAAGGACACAAAACGCAAGUCUAGGGAUUUAAAUGGAGGGGUUGAUGGAAUUGCAAGUAUUGAAAGUAUUCAUUCAGAAAUGUGUACAGACAAGAACUCUAUUUUCUCCACAUGUACCUCUUCCGAUAAUGGAACAACCUCUAGCAGCAAACCAAGUGGAGACUUCAUGGAAUGCCCCUUAUGCCUUUUGCGGCACUCCAAGGACAGGUUCCCGGAGAUAAUGACUUGUCACCAUAGAUCUUGUGUGGAUUGCUUGCGUCAGUACCUCCGGAUAGAAAUCUCCGAGAGCAGAGUUAAUAUUAGCUGUCCAGAAUGCUCAGAACGGUUUAACCCUCAUGAUAUUCGUUUGAUACUAAAUGACGACAUCUUGAUGGAAAAAUACGAAGAGUUUAUGCUUAGGCGAUGGCUGGUUGCAGAUCCUGAUUGUAGGUGGUGCCCAGCUCCAGAUUGUGGAUAUGCUGUGAUCGCUUUUGGAUGUGCCAGCUGUCCCAAACUGACGUGUGGACGAGAAGGCUGUGGAACUGAGUUUUGCUACCACUGUAAGCAGAUUUGGCAUCCAAACCAGACCUGUGAUGCUGCUCGCCAGGAGAGAGCUCAAAGUCUGCGCCUGAGAACAAUUCGUUCUUCAUCUAUUAGCUACAGCCAGGAGUCUGGAGCAGCAGCUGAUGACAUAAAGCCAUGCCCACGCUGUGCUGCUUAUAUCAUAAAAAUGAAUGAUGGAAGCUGCAAUCAUAUGACUUGUGCUGUCUGUGGCUGUGAAUUCUGUUGGCUAUGUAUGAAAGAGAUCUCAGAUUUACAUUAUUUAAGCCCAUCAGGUUGCACAUUCUGGGGAAAGAAACCAUGGAGCCGUAAAAAGAAAAUACUGUGGCAACUAGGGACACUUGUUGGAGCUCCUGUAGGAAUUGCUUUAAUAGCUGGCAUUGCUAUUCCUGCUAUGAUUAUUGGAAUCCCUGUGUAUGUGGGACGAAAGAUUCACAAUCGAUAUGAAGGCAAAGACAUUUCAAAGCACAAGCGAAACUUGGCUAUAGCAGGUGGUGUAACCUUAUCUGUAAUUGUUUCUCCAGUUGUAGCUGCAGUAACUGUAGGUAUCGGUGUUCCUAUUAUGCUGGCUUAUGUGUAUGGAGUCGUUCCAAUUUCCCUCUGCCGAAGCGGAGGCUGUGGUGUGUCAGCAGGCAACGGAAAAGGCGUCAGGAUAGAAUUUGAUGAUGAAAAUGAUAUAAAUGUUGGUGGAACAAAUGCAGCUGUAGAUACCACUUCAGUGGCAGAGGCACGUCACAACCCCAGCAUCGGCGAAGGAAGCGUUGGCGGACUGACGGGCAGCUUGAGCGCGAGCGGUAGCCACAUGGAUAGAAUAGGAGCCAUUCGUGACAACCUCAGUGAAACUGCCAGCACCAUGGCCCUGGCUGGAGCCAGCAUAACAGGGAGUCUCUCAGGAAGCGCAAUGGUUAACUGCUUUAACAGACUGGAAGUACAAGCAGAUGUGCAGAAGGAACGAUACAGUCUGAGCGGAGAAUCUGGCACAGUUAGCUUGGGAACGGUUAGUGACAACGCCAGCACCAAAGCAAUGGCGGGAUCCAUUCUGAACUCCUACAUCCCUUUGGACAGGGAAGGCAACAGCAUGGAAGUGCAAGUGGAUAUUGAAUCCAAGCCAGCCAAGUUCAGACACAACAGCGGAAGCAGCAGUGUGGAUGAUGGCAGCGCUGCCGGCCGGAGCAAUGCCGGGUGUUCUUCGGCCUGCUUGCCAGAAAGUAAGUCUGGUGCCACCAAGUGGUCCAAAGAAACAACAGCAGGAAAAAAAUGUAAAGGUAAGCUGAGAAAGAAGAGUAGCAUGAAGAUAAAUGAGACGAGAGAGGACAUGGAUGCUCAGCUGUUGGAGCAGCAAAGCACAAACUCCAGUGAAUUUGACUCUCCCUCUCUUAGCGAUAGUAUUCCAUCUGUAGCAGAUUCUCACUCGAGUCAUUUUUCUGAGUUUAGUUGCUCAGAUAUGGAGAGUAUGAAAACUUCCUGUAGCCAUGGUUCCAACGACUAUCACACUCGCUUCACCACGGUCAGUGUUCUCCCAGAGGUGGAAAACGAUCGCUUGGAAAACUCUCCACAGCCAAGUGGAAUCUCUGCGUCUGUUCCAACAGCCCCAAGCACUGACGUUCCACAGCUGAGUUACAUCGCUGAGGAAAGCGUUCAUAGUGGAUCUUCAGCAGAUGUAGAUUUAGGUGUUGGUGAAGCACUGAAAGAAGCAAACAACAACCAUUCACAACAUGCUGGGGAAUUAAGCACUGCUAUUCAGACUGAAAUCUAAGCCUACAAGUGCUGCAAAAAUAUAUUUACCACUAAAGAACCCUGUCUGAAAGCUGGUUGAAUUACACGCAACUUCUGUAGGUUUCAGGUAACCAGCAGAAGCAAGGUUUUGAUACAGCUGCAUUUUAUAUGUUCUUGUCUGAUAAGGCAAAAUACUUCGUAUGGAUCUUAGACCUGCGUGAAGAGACAUGAAGGCUUUAACCAAGUGCAUUACAGCAGUACAAAUACGUCCAUGUUUUGUAUUUUUGCCACAACUUUGCUUGAAAGCAUACGCUUGGUGUAUUUAGGUAAAAAUUGGUAAAUUCUUAAUAUGUUAAAUGCUGAAAUGAAUAAUACGUCCUGCACUGUUCACUUGGAAAAUAUGGGGUUUGGGAUAAAUGGGUGUUAGUUGAGCAUUAGUGACUUAAAACCAUUCUUGUGUGAACUCUAAGGGAAGCAAAAGUUUUGCGGAGACCUAUACAAACAUAUUUCAACAGUGAAUAUUCAUAAUGAUAAUUUUGUUUCAUAACUGGACACACUGUAUUUAGAAUGCAUGUAGAAUGGACUGCAUAUCUUCAGAUGGAUGUAGCCUGUGUCAGAAGCAUUUGUGUGUACACUUUGAGCAAGGUUAUGGCAUUCUACUUAAUUUUGAAACAGAAGAGAUAGGUACUUAAUGUGUGGUAGAAUGGAGAUGUCACCUGUGAAGAACAGUGGGGUUACUUAUUUAUUCAUGCAACCAACCAUGCAGCAGAUAAGGCUACUAUAUAGAGUAUAAGAACUGUAAAAUAAUCCGGUCAUUUAUAAGCAUUGUAGAAAAGCAGAUGCAGUCACCUUUCAUUAGGGGGAAAAACGAUGCCCCAUCAAUUCUUGGUGCCUUUGGAAAAGACUGGGUUUGAAGUGCCUGGUCGCUUGAGGAUUUUACUGUAAUGUUUUCCAGAAUGUCCUCUUUGGCCACCUUGGAUCACAAAAGAAAGUUCUAGUGAAUAAAAUGACUGUGGUAGAUAAUUGUAUAAAAAUAAUGAAGUAUUUGCCUACCAAAGACUCACUCAGGCUUUAGUGGACAUGACAUCUCUUUGCAAGACAUGCAUAUCUUCGGUCCCAGAAUCAAAGUGCAGUGCAACGACUGCCCAAGUGCAAAGAUGGGUUCCAAAUAUGCUGGCUUUUUCUUUUGCAUAUGGAAGAUGUACAGCUGAACACACGCUGAAGUUGGCCAAAGCGCCUGCACUGUUUAACAUUUUUUUGCUAUGUAAUUCACUAAAACUAAAAAAUAAUUAAAAAAAAGAAUUGUGAAUAUCAGAAUAACAGUUAACAAUGUUCUGUCUUGUGUUUCAUGUGUUGCCAUUAUGGUGCUACUGGAAGUUUGAUGGGAUAAAAAGAAAAUGCCAUGAGCUGCAGUCCUCUUCCAUGACUUAUCCUCACAAGUUUUGGUAAUAUGCUUAUAACACUAGUGCCAGUUACGUUAUUUGAUAAUGCUUGUUACAGUAUUUGUAUAUUUGCAAUUCAGUUUUGCUCAAUAAUAUGCGUGUAAACUGCAUAUCUGAAAUAAAUGUCUACAUACUGA